UAAGCGCAUAGCCAAGCAUGCUGGGAGACACAGAACAACUGUAGGGAAGUAGUAGCCGGAUGUCUUGGAUUUUCUUUCCAUUCUGUUCAGUUCUAUUCUCCUGACACCACCUCAUUACUAGACGUAGGCACUAGACGUGACAAUCAACUACAUUUAAACUGAGCAGAAGAGAGACUGAAGGCACAGCCUCCAGGAGAAAUGUCUCAAAGGCAGCAUCAGUCACCUAAUCAGACUUUAAUUUCAAUCACAAAUGACACAGAAUCAUCAAGCUCUAUUGUUUCCAAUGAUAGCACAAAUAAAGCACAGACCGGAGACAACUCCCCAGGAAUAGAAGCGCUGUGUGCCAUCUACAUCACUUAUGCUGUGAUCAUUUCGGUGGGCAUCCUUGGAAAUGCUAUUCUCAUCAAAGUCUUUUUCAAGACCAAAUCAAUGCAAACAGUUCCAAAUAUUUUCAUCACCAGCCUGGCUUUUGGAGAUCUGUUACUUCUGCUGACAUGUGUGCCGGUGGAUGCAACCCACUACCUUGCAGAAGGAUGGCUGUUCGGAAAGAUCGGUUGUAAGGUGCUCUCGUUCAUCCGGCUCACUUCUGUCGGUGUGUCAGUGUUCACGCUAACAAUUCUCAGUGCUGACAGAUACAGAGCAGUUGUGAAGCCACUUGAGCGGCAGCCCUCCAAUGCCAUCCUGAAGACUUGUAUGAAAGCUGGCUGCAUCUGGGUCAUGUCUAUGAUAUUUGCUCUGCCAGAGGCUAUAUUUUCAAAUGUAUACACUUUUCGAGAUCCUAAAAAAAAUGUUACAUUUGAAUCAUGUACCUCUUAUCCUGUCUCUGAGAAGAUCCUGCAAGAAGUCCAUUCUCUGUUGUGUUUCUUAGUGUUCUACAUUAUCCCCCUCUCCAUUAUCUCUGUCUAUUACUUUUUGAUUGCUAAGACUCUUUACAGAAGCACCCUGAACAUACCUACUGAGGAGCAAAGCCAUGCCCGAAAGCAGAUUGAUUCCAGGAAGAGAAUUGCCAAAACGGUAUUGGUGCUGGUGGCUCUGUUUGCUCUCUGCUGGUUACCGAAUCACCUCCUUUAUCUCUACCACUCAUUCAGUUAUCAAACCUAUGUAGAGCCCUCUGCCAUUCAUUUAAUUGUCACCAUUUUCUCUCGGGUGCUAGCUUUCAGUAAUUCUUGUGUAAACCCAUUUGCUCUCUACUGGCUGAGCAAAAACUUCCAGGAGCAUUUUAAAGCUCAGCUAUUCUGCUGCAAAGCUGACCUGUCUGAGCCUUCUCUUGCUGAUACCCCUCUUAACAACCUGGCUGUGAUGGGGAGGGUCCCAGGUGCUAGGAGCACACAUGAGUCUGAAAUCAGAGUGACUCUGCUUACUAGGUGUAAAGCGAAGAAGGAAGAGGACAGGGUCUAGUCCUUCUAUUCAAAAUGGUGUUUAGCCUCCCAUCAUGUGUACCAGGCUCUAAUUUGUCUAAGCGUACAGUGUCUGGAUUUUUGUGUUUGUGAAAUUUGUUGAAAUCGUUAAAGUGAAGGAUCCUUUUAAGUAAAGGACCAUGAUUUUAUUCAAGGUGCAAACAGUAAUGUCACUAAGUACAGAAAGAGUUUUAUGCCAGGCAUAUGCCAGUGAAAUGUAAGGGAGGCUGUAUAGGAAAGAAGGUGAAAUAAACAAAGAUGAAAGUUAAAAUUCAGUUUGUCCCUAUCACAUCUCUGAUGCUUCUCAUUUCUUACAUACUCACGUGGUGGUUCAAAAGUCGUGUUUGUGUUUAUUCUGUGGUAUAAAUCUGGGGAUUCUACUUUGUAAAGGAAAGUGGAGAUCAAAAAGAGAUUAAACAUCUCUUAUGGUGUUUUCAUUUAAAAAAAAUACACCACAAAGUGACUCUCCCUUUUCCAUUAAUCUCCAUUCCAUUAUAGCAAAUUUUACAAUUGAAAUGAAAGUGCUCAGAAGUCAGCAGUUAUAAAACACUGAAUCUGAUCAGGGUGCUUGCCUUAGUGGGUCAGGAGACUGCAUGUAGUUCUACUUACCACUGCCAUUGACCAGUAACUGGGCAAAGCUAUCCUUCACAAAUAUUGUGGACAACUGGCCUUUAUUCAAAUGGCAGAAUAAAUGGCCAUGUAAGUGAUGUCAUUUAGGGUCCUUGAGAAAGAUUCAUGUUCAAAAGUCUCCAACCUACCAGUGUCUGAAAUUCUCCCUCUAAGGAAAUUUGUCUCUUUUGGGUGAGCAGUGCCCUCUUUCUAAAAACCUGCAGAAGUGCCACAGGAAUCCCUAACACCUGCAUAAGACCAUUUCUCCUGCUUGACUUUACUACUUGAUGGGUGCCUAAGUAUUAAUCUCUGUUUGUGGAAAUCAGUCAGAAGUCACUGAUUUCCUCUCUUCUGCUCCUACUUGCUAGCACAAAAAAGCUUGUUAGUAACUGUCAUUUAAAAACGUGUUGUCAAUAGAUUUAUCAAAUUUAGAUUUGUGGUUUCAGAAAAUGUAUUCUUGAAGCAAAUUAAAGCUUAUCUUUGGCACUCUAGCUAAAUUUGUAUUUUUAAAAGACUUCCUUUCUGAGAGUGCUUUUGGUAAUUUUGAGCUUCAUUGAAUGGCUUGUGUAGUUGUGAACUUUUGCUAAUUGUGUGGCUCAAAAAGCUUUAAAUUUCUGUAAAAUUGGUUUAUUUAAGUUGGGGUGCUGAUACUGUGUUAAUAUUUUACAGUGGGCAUUGUACAAAGAAGUGGGGGAAAGCAAAUAAAUAUGAAAUAAAGUUUGAA